AUGCUAUUUUACAUUCAAUAUAAACUCUAUAAAAAAAUCCAUUAUAAAACCAAUAUGACUUCAGAUAUCAAAGUUGAUACAAAUUUUGACGUUCCUUUACACUUAUCUGGCUACCCCUCAGGAGGAUAUAGCUUUAUCCCGUCUCCCAUAAUUUCAUGUGGCACUCCAAUUGAUAAAACCCGGACACAGUCAACCGAUGAGUUUACCAGAAAAGGAAAAAGAAUUUCAACUAAUUUUCUAGACCGUUCCCAAGAUAUCACAAAUAAGCUAAAAAGCAUGACUUAUAAUGAAAUUCCUGAAAAAACUGAUUAUAAGCGGCAUUCCGAAUCAUCAUCGAACUCCAGAUCUCCUGAUAGGUCUCAAAAUUUCUCUUCAAAAAAUAUGAACUCUUCACCACUUUCCCGCAAUUCAGUAUAUUUUUCAUUGCCAUCUUCACCUGCUAGAAGAAAUAGAGAAGAGGAUGCGAAGUUUGCAAAACCCCCAAUCCCUAAACAAAAAACGAACCACAAAUCUUCAAGAUCUCCUCAUAACGCUGUAUUUAAUAUAAUUAAUAUAAAUAAUUUUUCCAGGUAAUUUUAGGAUUAUUUAUAUAUAUGAUAAAUUUAGCCAAAAUAAGUAUAAUUUAAUAGAGUUAAUUCAAGAAUCUAAUACAAAAGACAAUGAUCUUUUAUUGAAGAGAAGAGAAUCACAAUAUUUUUUAUUGAAAGAUGAUCUCAUUCAUGAUAUCAAAACAGUUUCUAAAGAAUACAAACAUAAAAUAAAAAGAAAAUGGCAGCAGAGGUCGAGCCAAGGUGAAGAGAAAGACUUGAUGAAAAAAGAAAUUAAACAAAUUGUUACAGGUUGGAGGAGAGAAAUGAAGAGAUUUGUAUUUUAA